AUGAGUCGGGACUCGACUGUUUCAAGUCUGUCGAUGGUAAAAUGUCAAUGUGGUAUUGUGGCAAAGAUUUUCACGGCUUUCACUCCAACUAAUGCUGGAAGACGCUUUUAUAAGUGUGCUAAUCCUAAUGGUUAUAAAUGUUCUUAUUGGAAAUGGGUUGAUGAUCCGCUCCAUCCUAGAGUUGAAAAUCUAAUCCACAAUUUAAAGAAGGAAAACGAUUAUCUUCAUCGUGAAAACAAAAGUUUGGAGACGAAGAUGGCUGAUCUUGAAAAGUAUUUGGCAUCUGAAAUUGAAGAAAAAUGUGAACGUCUAAAUGAAGAGGUUGUUAUCGAUAAUGAAGAUGUUGUUAUCGAUAAGUUUAAGACAAAAGUUGAUCAAAUAUGGAUUGUGAUAGUUAUGUUGUGGUGUUGUUUUGCAGCAUUCAUCACAUUCUGGGUAAUGAAGUAG